AUGAUUAACAUCAUCGUUAUCAUUUUAUUAUGUGCAAUACCAAUUUUACUUCUUAUAUGUAAUAUUUAUAUGAUGGUAUAUUUCCAAAAUCCUGAAGAGAAAGGAGUGAGUUGGAUAUGGAGAAUUAUUGUAAUUAUUGCAUUUGAGUUUUUAGAAAUGAGUGUAUUCUUAAUUCCAUUAGAUGUACUUAAUGCUGGACCACCUGAACCGAUAAUACCAAUGCAAAUUUUCUGGUAUAUAGUUUAUUAUGGAAUGAUUGCAUUUGCAGCAAUUAUAUUACCAUUUGGGUUGUGUUGGUAUAACCAAGAAGAAGAUACAUCAUAUAUUAAAAAAAUAGUAUAUUCCUUUAUUUUUGCAUUGAUCUUCCUUGUUGUAGCAGCUGUAUUUUGUGUAAUAUUUUACAUUAUUUUUGGUGUAGCAGAAGUACCUGUUAAUUAUCAAUCUGGUGAUCUUGAUUUAACAACAUUUAAUCUUGACAAGAUAAAAGCAGAAAAUGUUAAGCCAGAAAAUGAUGAUGAAGAAUCUACAAUUAGUUUUAGAAUAUCACCAGUUCUUUUUAUUAUAUCAGGAAUUAGUACAAUAGGAUAUAUAUUAGUAUUAUUCUUUGGAGGUCUUGGAUUUGCAGUAUUACCAAUUGAUUUAAUUUUUGAUUUCAUUAAUAGACCUGAACCACUUAAAUCUGCACAAAUCAAAGAAUAUAAUAAACUUAUUGGAGAACGUGCAUUAGCAAUGAUUGAUGAAGGAAAAGAAAUUAAACAAUUAACAGGAAGAAAGUAUCGAAAAAGAUAUUCACAAUUUAGAGAAGAAGUAUAUAUUCUUGAUCGAGGACUUAAAGUAUUAAAUAAAAGAAGAAAUUUAAAAGGAUUUUUAUGGGGAUAUGUUGCUAUUAUAUUAGGAGUUAUUGCAACACUUCUUACACUUCUUUGGAUGGUUCAAUUAGUCCUUUGGACAAUUUUAAAAAUUUUCCCAUUUGUAGAUUGGAUUAUGCAAUGGAUGACAGGUCCAAUAGCAUUCUUUGGAGCAAUUAUUUAUGGAAUUUUUGCAGGAUAUUUGUUGUUGUGUUCAUUUAAAGCUGUUGUAUAUGUAGGAUUUAGAUUUGCAUUAGGAUUUGUAUUUUAUCCAUUUGAAGUAUCUAAUACAUAUAUGAAUGCUUUUUGUUUCAAUGGAAUUCUAUUAGUUCUUAUUGCAUUUGGAGUAAACCAAUUUAGUUCAGAAACAUUUUCUAAUUUCCUUACAGGAAGUUCAUUCCAUUCAUUUAUGGGAGAAGCAAUUACACAAUUAAGAUACGUGAAAUACAUCUACAAGUAUGCACCAUUUGUUAUGCCAAUAUUAUGUGUGUUAAUGUUAGUAUUUAUGUUAUUAUCUAAAUUACUUUGCAAAAACAAGAGAGAGAAAGAUGCAUUAGAUAUUUUAUUGGAAUAUGAAAAUAUUAAACCAACGAAUUAA